GAGCCUCCCAGCCUCGGCCAUGAAGCUCGCCCUCACACUCACUCUGGUCAUGCUGGCCCACUGCUGCAGCUCUGCUUCUGCAGAGGUCUGCCCAGGAUUUCUGAAAGUCCUAGAGACCCUCUUCAUGGACUCAAGCGCCAAUUAUAACAAAGCCCUACAGUUUUUCAACCCUGAUCCAGUCUUGCAAGAUGCAGCAAUGCAGUUGAAGAAGCUGGUGGACACACUGUCCCUAGAGACUAAAGGAAACAACUUGAAGCUCGCAGACAAAAUAUUAACAAGUCUACAGUGUAAGCAGGAUUUAGGAAUCUGAAGCUCACUGGAUUUUGAAGCCAAAGAUACUCAACUUUUAAAGCCCUUCCCACUGCCCCGCUCCUCCUCAACCUCCUCUCUCACCACCACCAACCCUGCCU